AAGUUCUAUUUGCGAUCGUGGUCUUCUCUCGUGCUCUGUUUCUCUCGAAUUCUCUCGAGUUCUCCGACGAUCGCCGACGCUGGAGACCUCCAUGGACCGUGGCCGCAAGCGGGCGGAGGCUGCCGAUCACCUCCCGGCGGAUAAGCGGCCGUGCGGCUCCUCCGAUUUCCACCCGGGAACCUCCUCGUCUGAACCCCCGGCGGAUUGUGAUAUGGAACAAGAUCCAUCGACGUCUGGAUCGGAUGAGGAUGAUGACCAUGGUGGGUAUGGUUCUGAUGAUGAUCCAAACUAUGCUUCUCGUAACGCGGAGAACCGGACGAGGUUGGAGGGGAUCGUUCCGAGGCUUGGUGAUGCCGAUUUUGGUGCGGUGCUCGCGGUGCUGACGGAGCUUUGCGAAGUUCUUUCGUUUUGUAUGGAGGACACUCUGUCUCGGCCUGCGAUGGAAGGGUUGGUGGCGGCGCUCGUGAGGCUGGCCGGCACGGAGGCGUACCCUGAUGUUAUGUUGCUCUCUAUCCGGGCUUUGACUUAUCUGUGCGAUAUCAUGCCGAGGGCCGUGGAUGUCGUCGUGCGGCACGAGGCUGUUCCCGUGCUUUGCGGAAGGUUGAUGGUGAUCGAGUAUUUGGACGUGGCUGAGCAGUGCUUGCAAGUAUUGGAGAAGAUAUCGAAGAGGCAGCCUGUGGCCUGCUUGCAAGCAGGGGUGGUCAUGGCGGUGCUGAAUUACGUUGAUUUCUUCUCCACAACUAUUAAAAGGGUUGCUCUCACUACAGUUGCAAAUGUGUGCAAGAAGCUUUCUGUUGAACGCUCUUCAUCUGUCAUGGAUGCCGUUCCCAUUUUGUGCAAUUUCCUUCAAUAUGAUGAUGACCAUAAGCUUAUAGAGACUGCUGCUACAUGUUUGAUUAAAAUAACAGAGUGCUUUAGUAAAUCUCCAGCACUCUUGGAUGAACUUUGCAAACGUGGAAUUAUUAACCAAUGUUUAAAGUUGGUAGCCUUGGAUGGUCGGAUGACACUUGGCCAGUCUACUUAUAAUGGGUUGAUUGGGCUUCUCACCAAGCUUACUGCUAAUUCAAUGGUAGCAUUCAAGACACUCUUCGAGUUGAAUAUAGGUGGUAUUCUACGUGGAGUUCUUUUGACGAUGUCAGACCUAUCCCAUAGCACUUCUUCUAACUUGUUUCUUGAAGAUGGCCAACCUAAUCAGGUAUAUGAAAUUUUCAAUUUCUUAAACCAGCUAAUUCCUCCUGCUGCAAGAGAAAAUGAUGAAGUCCAGCUGGUGCUGACAAAAGGGAAUUUUCUAACUGAGAAACCUGACUUUCUGUAUCAGUUCUCAAGAGACAUCCUUCCUGUCUCUGUUCAGGUGGUUAAUUCCGGUGCUAAUUUAUAUGUUUGUUAUGGCUGUGUUUCUGUCAUAAACAACAUUUUUUACUUUAGCACAUCAGACAUACUUCCAGAUUUAAUUGAAAACACAAAUAUCUCAAGCUUUUUGGCUGGUUUGCUUGCCCGAAAAGAUCACCAUGUUCUGUUUAUGACUUUAAAGAUCAUUGAGACCUUAAUGGAAAAGCUUCCAGGUGUUUUUUCCAGUUCUUUUGUUAAGGAGGGGGUUAUUUAUGCAAUUGAUGCUCUUUUAAAUCCCAAAGAUGGCUUGGUUCAAGAUUCAAGUCAUCCACAAUCCUCUAAUUGUCAAGUGACUGCAAGUGAUGGCUCUGUGUGUUUGUGUCAUGCAUUCAUGUCAAGGAAGGCGCCUUCAUCGGAGGCGAAAACUUGUACUCUUGGAAAGGAAGCUGUAUUUAGUUUAGCAAAGCACAUAAAGUUUACCCACUUCAUCUCUGAUUCAGUUGACUCGGAAAUGGCUUUGACUGAAAUUUUGCAGAAGCUCAAAACAUUUUGUGCAAUCCUAAAUGACAAUGUGGACAGGCUCUCAAUAAAUGACGAUUUCUCUCAAAAUGAGGAACACUUGGCUCGUGUUUUAGAUCAGGUUAUGCAAGAGCUUGAUGGGGGGGAGGGCAUGUCCACUUUUGAGUUCAUUGAGAGUGGAAUAAUCAGAUCCUUGGUGCACUAUUUAACUAAUGGCAGAUAUCCUUUUGAAGGGCAAUGUGGUCGUGGCAUGAGUAAUGAUUUUCUUAUUGUACUGAAGAGGUUCCAGACAUUCUCUUAUAUUUCAUUGUCAAAAGCAGGCCAAAGUUGGAAGGAUAUGCUUUUGACAUUGUUAGUAAGAAAACUGCAGAGAGCAUUGUCUUCUGUUGAUAGCUUCCCUGUGAUCACCAGCCAUAAUUACAAACCAAGAUAUUUUUAUACUCAUAUCCCUGUUGAGAAAUCAACGAUGAAUCCCUGCGUGAAAGUAUCCUUUAUGAGAGAAGAAGGAGAGGAAAACUUAUCUGAGUAUAAUAGUGUUUUGUCAGUUGAGCUUUCUACACGGCUGGAUAUAAUUGAAGAAUUUUUGUGGCCUAAAGUAUGUGUUAAAAAAAAUGAAUGCCAUGAUGCACAGGGGGAGCCUAUUGAAAAGGGUGAUGCUUUGUCAAGGAACAACAGUGAUAUAGAUCAACCUCAAGAAAUGAAUGAUAACACUGUGCAGGAACCACAGAAAGCAUUUUCUACUAUACUACGGGACCUUACUGAACACAAAUAUCAACUGCCUCUACCGGAGGAUGCGAGCUCUAAGCCAAAGGAUUUGACAACCUCUGUUGAAGGACUGGCAGGAGGUAAAAUUAGUUCAUCAUCUCCAGUUAGUAGCAUUGCUAAGCCAAAACUGAUUUUCAGUUUAGCAGGGAAAGAAAUAGACCAUUCUGCUAAUCUUUACCAAGCAAUAUUACAAGGCUUGAACUCUACAGAGCUUAAUAUAACUAUUGGUCCUAAAUUCUGGAGUGAAGUGUACAAAGUCACCUACAGAAGGUCUAUUGAACACAAAAUUCAAGAUUCUCAGUCGUCUCAUUGUGCUUCUCAGUCUUCAAUUCUUGAGGAUGAACAUGGCUUAUUUUGGCAGAAGCUACCGUCUUUUUCAAAUUUGCUGCCCUCAGAGCUUCACUGUGAGAUGGACAAUUCAAGUCCAUUAUAUGAUAUAUUAUUUUUGCUGAAGGUUUUGGAGAGGUUGAAUCAGUUCUUGUUUCAUAUCGUAUCUUAUGAAAGAAUCAAUGGGUUUGCUGAAGGAGGAGUACAGAAUCUUGAUGACCUGAAAGUGUCUGUAUCUCCAAUUCCGCAAAUUGAGUUCAUAAGUUCUAAGCUGACUGAUAAAUUGGAGCAGCAAAUGCGAGAUCCUUUGAUGCUGAGUAUUGGUAGCAUGCCUUCAUGGUGUGGUCACCUGAUGGCAGCUUGCCCAUUUUUGUUUACUUUUGAAGCAAGAAGGAAAUACUUCCGCUUGACUGUGUUCGGUUCUUUGAGAAAUCAGCAGAAUCAAAUUCAUCAUCCUCACAAUGGUGGUAUUGAUUCAUCAAACAAUAGACGUUCUCAUCCUGCGAUGGCAAAUCGUAAAAAGUUCAAAGCGGAUAGGAAAAAUGUUCUGGAAUCUGCUGCCAAGAUGAUGGCCCUACAUUGCAGAAGCAAGUCUGUUCUUGAAGUGGAAUUCAACGAUGAAGUUGGUACUGGCCUUGGCCCCUCCAUGGAAUUCUAUACCUUGGUCAGUCAUGAAUUCCAAAAAAUUGGUUUGGGUAUGUGGAGGGAGGAUCCUAGUUCUUUCAGUGACCAGGUGCAUUGUGAUACAACUGUCGCUAAUAACGGAUUUGUAUUUGCCCCUUUUGGAUUGUUCCCUCGCCCAUGGUCAGCGGAUGCAAGUUCGUCAUCUAAGAUCCAAUUUUCUGAUGUUCUUAAAAAAUUUAUGCUUCUCGGGCAGAUUGUGGCAAAGAGCAUCAGAGAUGGCCGGAUUCUGGACCUUCCAUUUUCUAGAGCAUUUUACAAAAUGAUGCUUGAGAAGGAGUUGAGUAUGUAUGAUAUUCAGUCAUUUGAUCCUGGGCUUGGAAAGAAUCUACUAGAAUUUCAAGCUCUUGUUUGUCGGAAAAAGUUUCUGGAAUCUUCUGGAGGAAAAUUGACUUUUGCAUCUGAGGCUGACUUGUGUUUCCGGAAUAUGAAAAUUGAGGAUCUUUGCCUUGAUUUCACUCUUCCUGGUUAUUCGGAUUACGUUCUUACAUCUGUAAAUGACUCAAAAAUGGUGAAUAUUAACAACUUGGAGACUUAUGUCUCACUCAUUGUCAAGGCAACUGUUGGAGCUGGGAUUGCCCAGCAAGUAAAAGCUUUCAAAUCUGGGUUUAAUGAGGUGUUUCCUUUGGAAGCCCUCCAAAUUUUUACUGAAGAUGAGCUGGAACUUUUACUGUGUGGGGAGCGGGAAACAUGGAAUCUAAGUGAGCUUCUUGAUCAUGUCAAGUUUGAUCAUGGUUACACAGCCAACAGUCCUCCGGUCAUUAGUUUACUUGAAAUCAUACAAGAGUUUGGAUGUGAACAGCGACGAGCUUUCCUGCAAUUUGUGACUGGAUCUCCUCGAUUACCUCUAGGUGGCUUCGCUGCUCUCAACCCAAAAAUGACAAUUGUUCGCAAGCACUGUAACAACGAUGUCGAUAUGGACUUGCCAAGUGUGAUGACUUGCGCCAAUUAUGUAAAACUGCCAGCGUACUCAUCCAAGGAACAUAUGAAGGAGAGGCUCUUAUAUGCGAUUACUGAAGGACAAGGCUCCUUUCAUCUUUCAUAAUCUAAUGCACAGAUAGCUUCUCACUGUCAUGCUGAAAUGAAUGGUGAUAAACUUGUGAAUUCCUUAAUUAGUCUUUUUAGGAUGGUGGUGUAAAUAUAAGGUUUGAUGCUGGAGGCUGGUGGAGCUGAUUGUGGACAAACAAGAGGAAGCCCAUCUUUAGCAAUGUGUACAGAUUAGUAUCAACUUACAGGCUAGUCAUUGAUUUAAUCAUAUGACCCAAAAACAUAGGACACGGCCCUAGCAGCUAGUUGAACCUCUCCUUUUUCUUUUUCUUUUAAUUUUAUUUGUCUUUUAUUUCUGUUCCAUUGUACAGAAUCUGUGUAAAUAUUUAUGGUCCAUCCAAUGCACAGCAUGCUUCUUUUAUGUUUGAA